AUGAGGCACAUAAGAUUGUCACUGGGUGCCAGAGUAACGUCCUACGCAGACGAUUGGUUGCUUAUCACGGCUUAUCUCCUGGAGUGCACCUUGCUAACAGAGCAAGUGACGGCGCUGUUUCGCCAACUCCAACUCCAGAUUGACAGGGAGAAGUCUUCACUUCAUCCAGUGUCUGACAACGGUCCACAAUUUGCUAGUGCCAGCUUCCGUGCAUUUGCUGCCGAGCUUGGGUUUGCCCAUCGCACGUCAAGUCCCCGCUUCGCCCAAAGCAACGGCGCUGCAGAACGUGCCGUUCAGACAGCCAAGCAGCUCAUCCUCAAGAAUGAUGACUUGCCUUCCGCUCUCUUGGCCUACCGGUCUACGCCAUUGGCCAACGGUUAUUCACCGUCACAGCUGUUGUUCGGCCGCCAAAUCCGCUCCCGGCUACCAGGACCCCUCCCUGCUCCAGCCUGGCCCGAUUUGACCGCCCUUGCCGACAAAGAAACAUCUUCCAGGUCUCGGCAGGCUGAUCGCUACAAUCAACGCCACCAUGCUCGACUGCUGCCUGUUCUCGCCCCUGGUGCUCCUGUGAAUGUCCCCGAUAUGGACAAAACAGGACACGUCCAGAACCGCCUGUCCGAACGCUCUUACACGAUCGACCUCACUCCUGGGUCAUCUGUCCGCCGAAAUCGUCGCCAUGUGCGUGCGUUGCCAUCCACGCCAGCCAAACGCCCUGAUCCCUCCCGCUCACCCUCCUCCAUUGAGCCCAUGUAUGAGGUUGAGUAUGGUGUUACGGCUCCUGUGCAUGUUGCCCUGCAACUACCAGCUAACUCUACUCUGCCACCUCUUCUGCCUGUGCCGCAGUCUCCUAGAGUUGCUAAGCCUCUGCCACCCGGUCGCCGACCACCAUCCAGCCGUGUUCGCCAUGCGCCGCAAUGCUAUGCUGCCAAUACCUGA